CUGUAUAGCUUAUUCAGCUUUCUUUAAUAAGAUAGCUUCUUUAAUUUUUAUGACAAUCCAAAGCAAGAUAUAUUGUACUGGAUAGUUUUUUGUUUCUAUUUAUCAAGGUGAUGUUGCUUUUCUGGUGAGGAUUGCUGUUACUUGUAAGGUAGUCCUGCUGUUUGGUUGUUGCAGUUUGUCCUAGGGGAACCAUGAUACAUGAAAUUCUUGUGUAUGAGAAAAGGCAAUUUGUUACUUAGAUCUGUUAUUGUUUACACAAAUCCAUAUUUUGCAACCCUUGUAAUCAUGAUAACUUCCUUCUGAUGGGCUUAGAUUAUGGCCUCUUUUCUAUGGAGAAAAAAUUCAUUAUUUACUGUUCAGUUUAACAUUUUAAGUAAAUUAAUUAAAAGAACCUGAGUAUCGGUAUUGUGAUGGAUGUGAAGAACACAAGCUACAUCCUUUCUGAUGAGUAUAAUAUUUCCUGUUAUAGGUGGAUUUUUAUUUGCUGGAGGGCUGCUAGGCUUUAUUUUCUCUAGAAAUGCCACGGCCAUGAUACAUGGUGGUGCUAUUUUGGUGCUAAGUGUACUUAGCCUAAAAGUUUGGAGGACUGGAAGAUCCAGCUUACCAUUUAUACUGGGUCAAGCAGCCUUCUCUGCUGCGUUUCUCUGGAAGCUUAUGCAGGCAUACACAUUGUCAAAGAAACUCUUUCCCACAGGAUUUUAUAUCUUCUUGAGUGCUGCAAUGAUAUGCUUUUAUUCGUAUGUGUUGAUCUCCGGCGGAAACCCACCACCGAAGAAGUUGGCAGCAGCUCCCCAGUCAUAAGCCAUGAGAAUUUGUACAAAAAAACACUCUAUGAGCAUGGUAAGAUAACCCGAUUUACGAGACAUUAUAUUAGUUAAAAAGUUUUGAUGAAUUUGUACAAAAGAUUCAUUAUAUAAACUGAUAGUGAAAUUAUGGAAAGUUUUGAUGAAAGCUGGAAUAUGAAUUGUUGACUAUCGUCCUUACAAUUAAUUAUUUGCAUGAUGCAGUGUCUUCAUUUAAAUUAAUAGCUUGGUUUGGAAUAGUGGAAUGAUCUUUUUUUCACUGAGAUGCCUACAAAUCGGAGCAUUCAAUUUGCAGUCCUAAAUUUCAAUGAUGAUGAUCCUUGUUAUGUAAAUCGCAAUUACAUUGUUCCAGAUGCAUAACUUGUGUUUCCAAUUGCAAUCAAGUUCAGGUAAUGAUUCUAUACGCCAGCAACUGAGAUCUAAACGAUCACAGGCUACGAUCUAAACAAUGGUGAAAAGAUGUUAAGAGAGCCUUUCCUCCAUCCAACAUCCGUCUCUCUGGAACCAGUUCAUGAUGAUGGGGAUAUGUUGAAGCCGCACACGGUCGUCCUCGGUCUGUCCCCCUCCAUGCAGCUUCUCCACCAGCUCAAUUGGCAUGCCCUCGAGUUCCAGCUUCUGCAAGCCACCGAGGUACUCUAUGCCAACCGGAAUCGUCUUCAACUUGCCACACCUUACCAGUCUCAGCUCACGCAGGCUCUCGAGGGCGUUCUCUUCUACUUCCAUGCGGCUGAGGUGGAUCAUAUCACACAGCCCCAAAGACUUGAGCCUCCGGAGCCAACCGGCACGGAAGCACAGCUCGGUCCCGUCGUAUGCUUGCAUGAGAAAGAGGGACACCAGGUUGGGCAACUCCAUGAGCGAAGACAGCGAGUCCUCCUUGAGUCUCGACAUCUUUAGGACCAAAUGAGUGAGAGCUCUGAGAGAGUCAGGCCACCGAGACGUCAUCCCCUUCUCCAGCAUCCCGUACAAGCUCAGCUUCCGCAGCUGCGGCGGAGGAGUGAGGUUGUUUAGCAGCAAGGUGUCGUCUUUGUGCCUCGCCAUCACCACCAGGCGAACAAGGCGAUCCAUAUUGGAUAUGGACGCCGAGAGCAACUUGCUGUGGAUGGUUCUCACGCCUCUGAUGUCCAAGCUCUUCAUCUGCGUCAGACUCCGCAGAUGCCGGACCGUCGUCUCGUCCUCCACUACUACGGCCUUCAGAGUCUGCAGCUUCUGCAGCUUGCCCAUCCCGCCCGGAACGACGACUCCGCCGCCGAGAAUGGUGUAUCUUGAAGUCUGACGGUGGAACUUCUUCACCAUCAGAUGCCGCAGCCUCUCCAGCCUUGUGACUCCGCUGGGGAGCUCCUCGACGUGGGUGUAGACCGCAUCCAAGGUUUCAAGCUUCCGAAGGCUUCCCAGUGUUUUGGGCAGGUGCCUGACAUUGGUGCGCCGUAUGCUCAGGUAUCGCAGGUUGAAGAGGUGGCCUAUCUCGUCCGGCAAGCUCUCCAAUGGAGCGGCGCGGAGAUCCAAGACUCUUAUCAGCCGACACUUGGAGAGCAGCGAGGUGGAAGCCGGUGAGAACGCAAGGAAGGACCGAAGCAGCGGCAUCUUCUCGCUCAGCCUCUCAUCUUCACCCUGCACGAGGGAGAGUCGCCGGAUCCGAUCGCUUAAAUCUUCCGGCUUGCCGUCGUACGCCUCGGCGAAGUGCUCGUCUCUGGAUCUGGCCACGAUGAGCUCCCUGACGAGGUCAUGAACUCGGCAGAAGCGCACCCUUCCGGACUCGUUUGUGUGGGUGACUUGGAGCAGGCAGCGGCCGACCAGUUGGUUGAGGUAGUCCUCGGCCACCUCCUCCAUCGACCUCUGACGCCGCUCCUUCACGAACCCUUCCGCCACCCAGAGCCUGAUCAACCGAUUUCUUCCGAUGAGGUAACCCUCCGGGAAGAGGCUGCAGUGUAAGAGGCAGUUCCUGAGGUGGUACGGUAGAUGCCUGAUGCUUAGGCUCAGGAUUCUGGAGACUCUAUGGAGCCCUGUGUGUUCGGUGGUAGACCAUGUCAGGCCGUCGUGCAUGCUCUUCCAUGUCGACUCCGCCCUGUCCCUGUGGGACAACAGGAUGCCGAUGGCGACGAUGGCGAGGGGGAGGCCUUCGCACUUGUCCACGAUUCUUCUGGCCCAGUGCUCCAGCGCCGGGGGGCACACGCUUCCUUCCCCCCUCGGAAACGCCUUCUUGCAGAAGAGAGACCACGCCAUCUCCUCCGGCAGAGGGUCCACUGUCAUGACCCGGCUGCCACCCGCCACCGAAGCCACUUCCUGCAUCCUCGUGGUGAUGAUGACUCUGCUCCGGCAGUUGUUGGCGAGCAGCGCGUAGCUGAUGUCCGUCCAGAUGCUGACCUGCCACACAUCGUCCAGCACAAUCAGGUACCUCUGGCGGUCCAGAUGCGCGCGGAGUGCUUCCACCAGCCUCCUGUACUCCAUCGAAUCGAAGUCGUCGGCGGUCUCUUCCAUCCUCUCCUGCAGCAGCGCCCUCAGGAUCUUCCGCAGCAGGUCAUCGAUGUUGUAGUUUUGGGACACAAUGACCCACGCGCGGCAGCUGAAGUGGCUGAGGAUUGCUCUGUCUCUGUAAACUCUGGUCACGAGGGUGGUCUUCCCGACGCCGCCCAUGCCGAAGACGGCGACUGCGGUGCGCCGGGGCUCCUCGUCCGUCAGCAACCCGAUAAGCCUAUCCUUGUGGUCGUCGAUCCCCACAAGUUCGUCUUCCUCGACGAAGUGUGCUGAUUCCGCUAAAUGGUAGCCCGGCUGGGGGUCGUCGGGCAGCUCCGCCAACUUCUGUGGGAUUCUGAUGACAGGCAACUCUCCGAUUCCUGAUAGCUGAGCAAGGCUAACUUCCUUGGCCUCCAGUCUCCUGGCGAUUUCGCGCAAAGCAGUGGCCUUGGCGUCGUUGGAGAGGCCACGGACGAAGGCUCCCAAGCUGCCCCAGCUGCUACCGGCGACGACGUAGGUGUACUCGUCGACGAUGUCCUCGAUGUCGUAGGCCACAUCUUGAACCUGCUUGGCCCAGGAGAUAAAGACCAGCUCAUGUUCGCCUCUGUACGUGUUCAUGGACUUGAGGAACUCCUGCAUCACCUCGAGCUCGCUCUUGAUCCGGAUCAUCCCUUCGUGAACGUUCUGCUGAGGCCUGGCGAGGCCGCCGGGAGGUCGGACUGCUGCAGUGGCCACAGCAUCGGUCAUCUUCUCGAUCAAGCUGAAGACUACAACCUCUGCCAUCUUAUCUCAAGAUCUUCCUCUAUCGGAGAAACUGCUACUGUACAAGGCCAGAUCAAAGGCCAGAGUUCAUCUACCCACCAUUUGGCCUCUAUAGAGUUGAUAUUGUUUUCGGAGCAUUUAGCUCCAAGAUUUCUCCAUCUCUCUGACAACGAAAGAAAAUUCCUGUUAGGCCAAACUCAGCACGAACGGUAAGGGACGAAGAAGAAGAAGUCAAAUUUUCUAUGCUUUCCUUGAUCCUUCA